UUCGAUACACAGACUAAUAAGAGAUACUACGUUACGUUUCGAUAUUAUUGUGAUCAUCACAGAGAAACUUGUGAAGAUAUAGUGACUGAAAUCAAUAUAUUUAUAUACACUCAAUAUGUUGCGUAGCACUACCAGUAUUUUUAAUAAAAUAUCGCCGAGAGGUAAAGGCUGUGGUAUGUUAAUUUUCAAAAGCCAUUCUCAUACUACUAGCACCGAAGCUAGUAGUCAAGCUGAAGAACCCAAACAGACAGAAUCUAAACGGUUAGCUGAAUUUAGGAAAAAAUUGAGAGAAACUACUCCAAUAAAUGAUCUUGGUGAGCAACCCGAAUUUGCUGCUAAUGAAAAAGAAGAUCCACUUCCAGCUUGGCCAGACAAUACCAAUCCACAUACAGGGGAGGUUGGAGGACCGAAAGGCCCAGAACCAACCAGAUAUGGAGACUGGGAAAGGAAAGGACGGGUAACAGAUUUUUAAACAAUGUGAUCUAUUAUAAUUUAUUGGCUAUUAGCAGAUUUUCCAACAGUUUUAGGCAUUUUUUUGUUAGUAGAGUCUUCUAUUUCUUUUGAUUUGUAAUAGUGGGGUGCAACCUCCAAUAACCACUUGCUUUCUAUUUCUGUAACUUGCCUCAUGAACUCUUUAGAUGUAAAAACAAGCUCGUGAUAGAUGACCCAGCGGGGCAGCUCUUCAAAUAAUGCACUGUUGGGAUGAAUCAUAACUGUCUGAAAAAAUUUAAAGUAUAUUUUUAGUGUUGAUAUAUAUAUUAUAGAUUGAAAUCAUUGGGCCCUUAAACAGCCCAAUACAAAUGAAAAUAUUAUACUCAUUGCAUUGGUCAAAUGGCUUGUCAUAAGGUUUACUUGUUUAAAAUUCUUUUAAGUUCCUAAUGGACGAGUUUGGGUUCAAAAAUAUAUUUUAUGCCUAAACUGUUACAUACUCAUAGAAUAGUACAUUUCGAUGCUAGUGCGGAAAGUAUGUCAUUACUUAUUUUAUUAGAAUGACAUAUCCGCACGUGUAUCGAACGACGUUUUUAAUACAGUUGCGAAAAAAUAAGAAAAGCAACAUGUAAGGAAUGGAAUUCGAAACUUUUAUAUUAUUAAUUCUCGGUGACAAGCUCUUAAAUAAAGAGAAAAAAAAAAAAACUGACACUGACAUCAUUGACAUUAUGAAGAGGUGUUUUUCUAGCUUUUAUUCAGAGACUUCCGGUUCGAGCGCCAUCUUGAUAGUUAGCAUCGUGAUUAAUUACUUCGUUUUUUGCUCAUUAAUAUUGUUUAAAGUGUAAUAUCGAUAGCUUAUUAUACAGUAAACUAAUGUGGUAGUGUGCAGUGAAUGGAGAAUUAAUUUUGAAGCACGUUUAACCACCAUCUUGGAGUCAACGGCCGGUAGUCCGCGUGCUUCUUGUAAAGUCUAGCUAUCGAUUUACAAGAGCUAACAAAUCACCGUACACUGUCUUGUACAACCGUACAAUUUUUGUCGUUUUUAAACCUCUUAAUACCUUGAUACUGGCGAAAUAGUCCCACUGGCCUGAAGCCAUAAUUUUAAAAGAAGAAGAAGAAGAAGCUUUUAUUCGACUAGAAUAGAUUUUGUUAUUAUUAUUGAACCCACUUCAAUGAAAGUUUUUUUUUUCAAAUGCAUGUUCUAUAAGACAGAAACAAUUGUAAAUAUUAAAACAUUGUACUAUUAUUACCUAAAUAUCGUUAUUUACGAUUAUUUAUGUAUCAUAUAUUUAUAAAGACAAUAUCGAAUGUUGCCUUUGAAAACUUAAAACAUUCUUGCAGUAAGAAAAUACGCCUCUUCUUUGACAGGUGUUCCGUUCCAUUCAGACAACUUAUUAAGAAUGGUUUUUCAACAUUAAAAAAUAAACGUGUUAUAAUACUUAUAAUUGUGAAGAGGUAAGUAAUAAAAUAUGCAAAUAUGCAUAUUUUUCGUAUUCAUACAUUAACAGUAGGUGAUUACGACGUUUAAAAGAAACUAAUAUUAACACUCAUCAAUAAGUAGUCAUGAAUUGGAAUAAGUAAACAUUUAAAAAAAUUGGAAAAGUAAAAAGCACUAGUUCGCGAAAACCAACUUUCCGCACGCUAAACAGCCACGAAAAGUAGCACCUUUUGAGCAUCUGUAUUAAAAAAUAAUUUUAUUGUAUUAUAUAAAUGGUUUUUUAGUUACUUUUUGUGAAAUUAUAAAAGAAAUUACUUA